GAGCUGACUGCCCCACGCUGUCCUAUGAGAGCUGCUUGUGAGAGAUCACAUUGUGAUCAUGUUGAUGCAAAUGUGUACUGGACAGAAGCAUUUCUGAUGGUCUUAGCACAGUCUUCUGCAGCUUCAUCUCACAGGUCUUUUCACUUCAGAAACUACACUGUGGUAACUGACCCCAGGCUGCUUAAGGGAGAAACUUCUUGUUUUUCUGGGGCCCUUUACAUCUCAGUCCUGUGUGCUCCAUUUCCAUUUGUGUUGAUGGUCCCAGGACUGCUGAAGGAACUGUUUCUGUUACUGGAACACUAUUUGGUUGUACAUCUGAUAGAUGGUGGUGGUUUGGUGUUAUGCUGUGCUGGAAGUUAUCUCUGCUCACCCUAGGAGUCAGACUUCAUGAACAAGUGUGUGACACAAGGGUAUUAAAAUAAGGGAAGUUUUUCCCUUUGAACCAAGCUAUAACAAAUAGGCUUUUGGUCAGUGAGUUGUCACUGUGGAUGUGGAGGGGUUUGAGGGGGGGAUUUUCAGUGCCUCUUAGGAGCAAACUGCAAAUGUCCCUGACCUAGCAGUUCUAGGUCAGGGACAUUUUUUUCCCCCAGGAAGAAUGGGGGAAUUUUUUUUCCCCCAGGAAGAAUGGGGUCAAAAAGCAGGUACUUUCUGGUGUACCAAUUUGGAAAUGUCCAUCUCCAUUUCUGCAUGACCCCUGCCUCCCUGUCUCUUGGCCCCAGAAGCUGAUACUGACAGACUGUUAGUCUGUUCUUUGACUGCUUCUCUCUCUUUCUUCUCUAGCACUAGACCCAUGUACAGGACUGACUUGAUGGAUCCUGGCUAUAACACUGCCAUUGCAUCAUUGCUGCUGGGCAUGGGAAGAACUGCUCCUUAUAUGGUCUAGGAUCAGGACAAGGAAGCACUGCAGUGGUUGUUUGCCUUUGCUUCCAGAGCUGCCCUUUGAGCACAGCACAGCAAUCGGCUGUGGAAGUACAGGACAGGGCAGCUCAGGGGUGCCACGGGGGUCUGAGCACAGCUGGGCACAGGUCCUGGGUGGAAACAGUUUAGCCACAUACCCACACGGCUAUGAAAUGGCUUUGGGUUACUUAGAAAGUUAUUUUGUUGACCUAUUUAUAUAAAAGUUGCAAGCAGAUACUUUUCUAUUCAGCAAUUACUUGGCCUUUUAAAUAUUAACCCUUUAGCAGAAAUUCCUGUUUCUCCAUGACUAACUGAGAAAUUACAUAUAUAGCUACUUUAACUCAAUCUGAUAAUCAGAGCAGUUUUUCAUUGGUUCUUGAGAUAAUCUUUAAAAUCAGGCACAGUAAGCUCUGUUUUAUUAUGCCACGGCUGCUACUGCUUGAUCAUCAAACCACACAGCUUAAACUAUCAAGGGACAGAAGCAGGAUGAAAAGUGACAUUUCUUUUUUGCUGAUACUAUCUGGAAUGGGAGGAGUUGUGUGGCAUUUGGGGCUCCAGCUGUGCAUUGCUGCUGCACUGCUCUUUGGUGGAGGAAGAGGGAGAGAGCUGUCUGGCAGCCUGAGCUGCCUGAAUAACUACGUGACUACUGUGAGCUGCAUGUGGGUAACAGAGAAGCCCAUGGGUGAUGGACCUUUCCACCUGCAUUUCACCAACCUCUGGUCAAAGGGCCACAACGCCAGCUGCAAACUGACUGCCACAGAGAACAUGCAGAAUCAGUACCACUGCACAAUUCAUUUAGCCAGCCAGAUCUUGGAAACAGAUGGUUAUAGAGUCUCUCUCCAAGGAAACUUCUUUGGAUGUAAUCAGACAUACAUGACCUUUCCAGAGUACAAUCCCCGCAAGCACAUAAAACUUGAUCCACCUUUGAACAUCCAGAGCAAUGCCACUGCCAGCAAGUGCCAGAUAUGGUGGAAUGUAUGGAAUGUGCCUUGGUACCUCGCUGAAAUUCUCCAAUAUGAGUUGCAGUAUAAGGAGUACAGCAUGUCCUGGGAGGUUGCAAUGAACAAGACACUACCAAGUUCACUGCCACAAGUAGAAAUUGAAGCCACAGAGCUCCGCAGUGGCAUUGCUUACGCUGCAAGAGUUCGCUGCAAAGUUUCUGAAAAUGAGAAUUCAUACCACAGUCAAUGGAGUGAGUGGAGCCAGACUACAGUGUUUCAAAGAGCAGAUGUCCCAAAAGUCUCUGAAAAGAUUCUAAAUCUCAAAACUAUACAGUACUUAUUCAUUCCUCUGAGUUUUGGCACUCUACUCUAUUUAUUCUGGAACUGCAAGCUUUCCUCAAGGGCAAAAAGUCUCGCCUGCUUUAACAUUCCCACACCAGCUGCUUUCUUUCAGCCACUCUAUAGUUUGCACAACGGGAAUUUUAAGGACUGGGUUGGACUGAAUGAGGCUUGUAGCCAACUUGAAAGAGAAGAGGCCAGCAACUCAAGCAAAGUGAGUGCAGACAGCGUUUCUGAUCUAAACACCCAAGAACUGAUUUCCCAAAUCCCAUGGAAACCUACAGGAAGCACAGAUGUGGCUACUGCAGAAGAAAACUUUGCAUUUGCCUCAGGUCCAAGCCAGCAGUAUGUCCCCAGCAGGUACAUAAAAGCAGAAGAGAUAGAGACGUGGCCGGGACUAUUGUUUGCACCAAGCCAUGCUGAUGAUACCAUUGGCCUAAAAAUCUCUGAAAUAAUUAAAGACAACCUUGAGAGCCCUAGUAUUGGAAGGAAUUAUCCUUCUCACUCACAGCAUGGAAAGGGUGACUUUCUUAUGCUUCGAGAGUCUUUAGGGAUAAAAGAUGUGUCUUUCAGUGGUAGUGACUACUGUACUUUGUGUGACAAUGAUAUCACAGGAGGUUUGAUUUCUGCUGAACUACUGAAGCUUUCUAAUCACAAUAGUCAUGUUAAACAUCAGAAAGAUCAGUGACCUUACCUGAGGAAUACUGCCUACAAAGUUCCUUGUGCUCUCCUAUCACCUCCCAACACUGUCCUCCCAAGCGGCACAAAUGGUGACUGUGCAGACAGUUUCAAACAUGUAUCAUUUUAAAACAUUCUCAACUUCUGUACUUCAGAAGAAGAUUGUGACUAGUCCCGUCUAGCAAAUACUACCCCUACAGGCAUUCCCUAAAUUAACCUCCUGACUGCAAGAUCCAGUAGCAGACCUGCUGUUUUCCUCAGGAAGAACUAUUACAGUUGUGUGCCUCUUGGAAGCAGCAGUAUUUUCAAGGUGAUCAACCAUGAUUUAAAUGCCAUCAUUUUGUAAAUAAUAUGCAUGAUUUUUCACAAAAUCAUGAGAAACCAUUUUUGCUUUAGAAAGUAAUUCUGCUUCUUAACAUGAUAUUGAUGAAUUAAAGGGAUUCCUGAUUUGAUCAGAAUUUGUUAUUGCUCUGUUUAAAGAUAAUCAAACAGUAGGCCUUGUUCUUUAUUAUCUUGUAUGGCUGUAACUUUUUAUUUUGCAAUAACUAAGCCUCAUGUACUGCUUUAACAAAAAUUUAUUUCAAGGUUAA